AGAAAAGGCCGAUCUGCAAGGCCUGCUGUGGGCACAAUCCACCGGCCGGAUUCAGAGGAGGAUGGUUGCUCACGGGGAGGAGAAGAGAGGGUGAAGUCUCAGGGAGUGGAGGGUUAGUUAGAUGAGUCUGAUGGGUGGAUAGAACGGGAGGAGGAGGUUUUAACUUAAAUCUGUCGUGCACGCUUGUUCUUUGACAAGUACAGUCCAAAAAAAAACCAAAAAAACUUCCAGAUUCAGCUGCGAACUUUCCUCCUCCUGGUUCAGUUUUGUGUGUUUCAGAGGAAGCGGGCAUCAGCCCGGCUGUCAGGCGCCAACACGUCCCAACAGCUGGCCUGAGCCCGACACCUCUGUCAGGUGAGGGGGGGAAGCUGAGGUGCGACACAGGAAAGGAGUCAGGGAAUUCUUGACGUGUGUUUCUCAGAGGAGCCGUCACAAGAAGUCUAAUCAAAGCAGAGAGAGGGCUCGCCUUUUCUGACGGCCAUUUGGCCCAGAGCUGGGGUUAGAUUUUAUCAAAGAAGUCAAGCAGCAACUGCGAAGGGGAGGCGGACUGCGGCCUCCGGCUCACUCAUCCCGGCUACUACAAGAGGAGGCACGGCAGAGCUCAGUAAAGGGGGCGAUAUAGAUGUCUGUGCGCUGUUGUUUCUGCAGCGGAGGGAGGCAGCGAAGCAGCACCGUAGACAUGGCCGACAGUGGAGUGACAGAUGGACCUAAACAGAAGGAUGACAUUGAACGUGUCAAGAGCGAAGGCAAAGAGCUGACCAAAGAGGAGAAGCAACGGCUGAGGAAAGAGAAGAAGCAGCAGAAGAAACAAAAAGAGAAAAAAGAUGACAAGACUCCACAGGAAAGUGAGAAGGAAAAGAAGCCGACCAGCCGGCCAGCCGCCCCGGCAUCCCAGCCUCCGACACAGUCCACAACACAGAAGGCUCCUUCAGCAGUGCCUGCUCCUGUUUCCGUGCCUGCCCCAGAGGCUGCAGCCCCGGCUGAGAAGUCCGCCAAGAGCAAAGCGGAGCUGAAAGCUGAGAGGAGAGCUCGGCAGGAGGCCGAACGAGCCUCCAAACAGGGCAAGAAGGGCGACGUGGGCCAGCAGGCGCCCACAAGCAAAACUAAAGCACCACCUAGUGAGCUGCAGCCAGUGGUGAAGAGGCUCCCAGAACAUGUUCAAGUGGAUGACCCAGACGUUUUAAAGAAACUGGCCAAGAAGUUGGAAAGACAGCAGACACCAGAGCUCAAUUCUGCUAAAAAGAUCCCACUGCGCUCAGACUACGGCUACAAAGUCAGCUUGUUCUCUCACCUCCACCAGUACAGUCGCAAAGCCCCUCUAACACAGCAGCUCAGCAUUCCCUCCACAGUGAUUCAUCCUGCUAUUGUUCGACUGGGUCUCCAGUAUUCACAGGGCAUUGUAGCAGGAUCCAAUGCUCGUUCUGUGGCCCUGCUGCAUGCCUUCAAACAGGUAAUAAGGGACUACACUACACCUCCUAAUGAGGAGCUAUCAAGAGACUUGGUCAACAAGCUGAAACCUUAUAUCAGUUUUUUGAAUCAAUGUCGCCCUCUGUCAGCGAGCAUGGGUAAUGCAAUCAAAUACAUCAAGAAGGAGAUCUCCAAUAUUCCUAGUCAGGUCAAAGAAGAAGAGGCGAAGAGCAAACUGCUGACCUGUAUCGACCGCUAUAUUGAUGAGAAGAUUGUUAUUGCUGCUAAGGCUAUCGCUAAGUCCUCCAUAGAAAAGAUCAGCAAUGGAGACGUCAUCCUGGUUUAUGGAUGCUCUUCACUGGUCAACCACAUCCUGUGCGAGGCCUUUGAGAAAAGCAGGAAGUUCCGCGUUAUCGUGGUGGACAGUAGGCCGCGGCUGGAGGGCAGGGAGACCCUGAGGCGCCUGGUCCAGAGAGGCAUCAGCUGCACAUACGUUCUUAUCUCGGCCGUCUCCUACAUCCUUCCAGAGGUAUCAAAGGUGUUCCUUGGUGCUCAUGCUCUGCUGGCCAACGGUUACGUCAUGUCUCGGGUGGGGACGUCGCAGAUAGCUCUGGUGGCCAAAGCCUUUAACGUGCCUGUGCUGGUGUGUUGUGAGACCUACAAGUUCUGUGAGAGGGUGCAGACAGAUUCCUUCGUAUCCAAUGAACUUGAUGACCCAGACGACCUCAUCGUGACCCGUAAAGGAGUGACCCAGCUGGAGGACUGGCAGCAAGUGCCCUCCCUCGGCCUGCUGAACCUGGUGUACGACGUGACGCCGCCCGACUUCGUGGACCUGGUCAUCACGGAUCUGGGGAUGAUCCCGUGCACCUCGGUCCCCGUGGUGCUGCGAGUCAAAAACGUGGACCAGUGAACGGCCUCGGCUGAGGUCGCGCGCAUCGAAGCUCGCACACCCACACACAUACACACAACACAAAAUAUCGUGCUUUUAGCAUGCAAUAAAUAUAUAUAUCUGAAAUGGCAUAUGCUUUUUAAA